AUGCAUCGGAGGCUCUUUGGCCAACCCCCUGGUGUGGAAUCGAGGAAGAGAGAAGGAAGUUCUAGACACGAAGGAUCUUCAAGCGAAUAUUCUCCCGCCGGAAGCAAGCACAAGAGGAGCAAGACUGACGCAAUGGCCCAAUCCACGAAGGGCUCAGGCCAUCACGAUGUUGCGGCUCCGAGACAGUCCCAUGUUGCAACCGAAGCCGUGGCUCGCCCUUACGAUGCCACAGCUGCCACCUCGGCUCCUACUGCUGUCACAACUCCUCCUCUAGGUCCUGUGACCGAGAUGAUCAGCUUUGCACGCACCGCCGUGCUAUCUCAUGACUUUACAAUGAAAGGAACACCAUAG